AUGACUGGUGAAUCGAGCUCUGUCCGGCGGUAUAAUUCUGGAGCCGGGCGACCGGCCAAAGCCGCAAAACCUGGGCCGAAAAUAAAGUCAAUCCAGGAUCGGAUCUAUAAGGUCAAAAAGCCGGUUAGGCGGAAGGAAGAGUCUCACCCAAGGGCUCGCCGGCUUGCCGUUGUAAUGUUUCUCUAUCAUCACCGCAUUUUCGAUCCUGACUAUCACAAAUCAAUUGAGGGAUACAGAAGACCUACGCAGAAGGAAGCUGCUGCUUACUUUCAAGUUAAACAGCAAACAAUUAGUGAUUGGUAUAGGCAUGAUAUUAUCUCAAUUGAACAGGAAAAACGAGCUUAUUCCCCCGUGUGGCCGCAGCUCGAGAAGCAAUUGUUUGAAGACUUCAUCCAGCUGAGACUUCAACAGCGCGCUGUAUCAACUGCAUGGUUCAGAAAACGGGCAAAAGAUAUAUUCACAUCAUCAGUAUCAUCCGAAGAACAAGCUGUACUAUUUACAUUCUCCAAUGGCUGGUGGGCAGGCUUCAGGAGGCGAUAUAAUAUCAUCAAGCGCAGAGUCACAAAACGGGCUACUCAACAACCUGAAGCUUAUCGCGAGAUAUGUGGAUCUUUCUGUAAAUUCAUUAAGCGCGUACAACACGAUCAACAAUUAUCACCAUUGAAACAGCAAUUAUCACCCAAAAUGGAUAUUGAAAACAUCCUUGAUACGCCCCGAAGACGCUUUAAACAACGGUAUACUUUAAAUGUUGAUGAGACGCCUAUAGCCUUUGAAAUUGACGCUGGAGAUACCUGGGAUUUACAAGGCUCCAAAACUAUAUCGGUAAAGACUGUACGCAGUGGGAUAUUUAAAGAUGAGGGUAAUCAGUACGCUCCGGGGAUCAGGGUGAUAUAUAAUGAACACGCAUAUAAUAACGAAGACCUGAUGGAAUCGUGGUUGAAAGAAGAUAUCCCGACCGUCAAAUCAGCAACUGAGGACUUCCUUUUGGUGAUGGAUGCCGCCUCUUUCCACCUUACGGACCGGAUCAAGGUCGAAGUCAGGAGACAGCUGUUGACUUCAGCUCUUAUCCCGGCCGGCUGUACGAGCUUAUUACAGCCGUUAGAUACGACAAUAAAUAGACUAUUUAAACAGUUUUAUCGUGAGGAAAUGGAUAUAUAUGAGUUAGAAGAAGAACGGAAAGGAAAGACCUAUUGGACGAUCAGCGAAAGAAGAAUCAUGACAACGUGGAUUGUCCACAGAGCUUGGGAGAGGAUAAAAAAAGAACGGGAUAUAAUAAGAGACUCGUUCCUUCGAGCAGGAAUAAAUACAAGACCAGACGGAAGUCAAGAUCAUCUUAUUUCCAUCAAAGGAAUUGAAAAUAUCGACUUUUCAGGCUGGGAGAAAGCUGGGGAUACAUCUAUCAAGUCAGAAGAGCUUGUGGACCGGCUGUGUGACGAAGAGGAGCUUUCCUUCGGUCCCGACGAGGAAUAUGGCGAAGAUACCCUCAUUUUCACACUCAGACGAUUGAAAGUCUCUCAAUUACGGCAAAUGGCUUCUUUGAACAACAUUUCCUCGUUAGGGAAGAAGUCCGACCUUAUUGAACGUCUGAGAAGUCAUCUAACUACUAUAGAAAAAGUUGGGGACUCAAUUACAGUCCAAAUCGAGGAUCCUGACGUUGUAUUCGCAGUAGAAGAUAGUCAUAGUUAG